AUGUCGACCAUUUUCGCGGACGUCACAUCUGGUCGUUUGUCGGAGGACGACUUCGUGAUAGUCAUAGGCAAGAUCAUGCUCUACUUCCUCUACCUGGCAAUUGGCGAGCUCGUUGGAAGCUAUGCGAUGUGGAUUGGCUUCACGCUUGGGGGCCAGAGCAUCUGCGCCAGAAUGCGUCGUAGCCUUUUGGUGUCGGUGUUCCACCGAGGAGUCUCAUUCCUAGAUAAGGCUGGCACGGUACAUGUCAACACUCUACUUGGCGCCGACGCUGAUGCAGUGAACGAUGCCAUCUCGAGCAAACUCGGACGGGUCAUUGCUGCUACAUCGAGUGUGCUCGUUGCUUUUGCUGUCUCUUUCGCGAGAUCAUGGCUACUGACGCUCAUCCUGGGCAGCGGUGUUCUGGCUCUCGCUGUGGCAGCCUUCGUCGGUACCCUCUUCGUCUCCAGAUUUACAAAGCGGUCCUCUGCCGCCUUAGCUGAAGCGAAUUCUGUGGCCGAAGAAACAAUCAGUGGUAUCGUGUGCGCCAUGACCAACGGCGCAGAAUCGAUUCUUGCCACGCGAUACCAGAACAGUCUCUCCAGAUGCUACAGGCCCGCCAUCUUCGCGCGAAUAGCUGGCGACAUCAUGGCAGCUGUCAUUAUGACUAUCGCUCUGAGUUUGUUUGGAUUGGCGUUUUGGCGCGGCUCUCGAUACUACUUCGAUGGUCAAACUGGCUUUGCAGAUGUUUUGACCGUGCUUCUAGCUGUCCUAACGGGAACCUCAACCCUUGGACUGAUCGGCCCCAAUGCGCAAGCUGUUUCUGCUGGGGCAACGGCUGCACGGCGGCUCUUGGAUGCCAUGGCGAAGCCAUACACAAUAGACUGCAUGUCGAUGGCAGGUACCACGCCCAUAAAGAUUUCAGGCAAAAUUGAAUUCGACAGAGUUGACUUCGCCUAUCCCACCAGGCCCAAUGUCAAAGUCCUCACUGGCUUCAGUCUGAGUAUACCAGCUGGCAGUACCACAGCGCUCGUUGGCGCAUCAUGCUGUGGUAAGAGCACCAUUGUUAAGCUUCUGCAACGCUUUUAUGAUCCAUCCCACGGCACAAUUUUCCUUGACGGCCGGCCAUUGACGUCGUUGAGUUUGCGAUGGUUGAGAGAGAACAUGGCUGUUGUGCAUCAAGACACAGAUCUGUUCAACGCUUCUGUAUACGACAACAUCCGGUACGGCCUAUUCCGAUCAAGGGAGACUCUCACGAACCAGCAAGAGCGGGACAAAAUCAUGGAUGCCGCCGAAGCUGUUGGCCUACAUCACAUCAUCAUGAGUAUGCCGGAUGGCUAUCAAACCAGUGUUGGAGAGAAAGGGUCGAGACUCUCCGGCGGUCAACGGCAGAGGCUGGCGAUGGCGCGCGCUCUCGUCAGCGGUUGUAAAGUCCUACUUCUCGACGAGGCGACUUCCGCCUUGGACACAGUUUCAGAACGCUACAUCCAGGAAGCCAUGGCUGCUUUUGGCAAGGACAGAACUGUGAUUAUCAUCGCACAUCGCCUGUCAACCAUCCAAAACGCAGAUAACAUCGUAGUCAUGACGCCAGAUGGCAUAGCGGAACAAGGACGAUAUGACGAUCUAGUCAGACGCAAGAGUGCUUUCUCCAGACUGCACAAUAUGGAGAUCGUCGACAGGGAACACCUGAGCUGCCGAGGAGCGCUGGAACGCCGCCAGACACAUGACCCAACUAUUACCGCACAGAGUAUGAGUACUGCUGGUCCAUCAGAUGGCGAAUCUUCCGGGCAGCUCCUGUCCGGAUCGCGCGCAAGUCUCGAAGAAGAGUCGCGUCAGCAUAGGGCCUGCUAUGCUUCAUCAACAACCGCUUCAGCGAGUGAUAUUUGGCGAUUGCUGAUCCGGCUGAACACGGGCAAAUGGGGUCUCGCAACCUUUGGUCUUCUGUGGGCCGUCAUCUCUGGAUGUGCACCCACCGUCCAUGCCUUCCUUUUCGCAAACGCUGUCUUGGUCUUCGGCAAGCUAGAAUCUGACAAAGACGAGUAUUUUCGAAAGGUGGAUUUCUGGGCAGCACUACAGGUGGGAUUUGCCUGUGCGCAAGGAAUCGCUUCCACCAUGCGAUCAACACCCCUGGCGAUCUGCUCUGAGGACAGCCUGGCUAAGGCCCGAACGCAGGCGCUCGACCAUAUACUGCGUCAAGACAUGGCAUUCUUCGCCGCCGAAGGUGGUACCUCAAAACUCACCUCAUUCGUCUCCACCACAAUUGGCGAGUUGGACGGCCUUAGUGUCUCCUCCAUGUCUACCUGGGUAGGUGGAUUGAUCGGCCUCGUAUCCGCUGUCGCGAUGUCGAUAGGUCUGCAUUGGAAACUCGCUCUAGUCUACACCUCGGCAGUGCCAUUUCUACUGGCUGCGGGAUAUGUGUAUGCCGCUUUUGCCAGCAAACGGGAGCAAAAAGCCCGCCAGUGGUCUCUGGAAGCUGCGGUUCUGGCCUGCGAGUCUGUGGACUGUUUGAGUACCGUUGUCUCCCUUGGCCUCGAGCAGUACAUGGAAGACCGCUUCUGGCAACCAUUGGUGACACAAUCGAGAAGGCGGGUACGGAAAGAUCACCUCUCGUGUGGUAUCUAUGCUCUAUCCCAGGCGGUGGUAUAUCUCUGCCUGGGCGGAGCUUUGUACUACGGCGGCAGGUUGAUCGCCGCUGGCGAAGUCUCCAUGCUAGACUUUUACAUUUGUUACAUUGCCGUCGUGGUUAUCACGCCAGCGGCCGGCGCCUGCUUCAAUUUGUUGCCUGAUAUCCGGAAGGCAUCAAACGCAUGUGGACUUCUUCUGGCCUUGCUCGCUAGGCAACCCACUAUCGAUCCUACCAAGGGACCUGAAAUUCCAGUGCCAGCAGGAGGCGUGAAACUCACACUCGACGACGUAUACUUUCGCUACCCAACCAGCGAAGAAGCGUAUGCGUUGCUGGGUAUUGAUAUCAACGCUCGCCCUGGCCAGUACAUCGGUCUAUGCGGACCUAGCGGCGGUGGGAAGAGUACGAUCUUGUCACUUAUCGAGCGCUUCUACGACCCGCAGCGCGGGUCGAUACUCAACAACGGCAUCGACAUUCGAUGCAUGGGCGUACGAAGUCAUCGGAAGUGCAUAGCUCUCAUCACGCAAGAGACGACGCUAUUCUCUGGCAGCAUUAGAGAGAACCUCCUCCUUGCUUCCCCCUCUGCCACCAAACAGCAAAUACAAGAAGCAAUCAACGCAGCCGCUCUGGGCGAAUUCGUUGCCUCGUUACCAGAAGGCCUGGAUACUGCAGUCGGGCAUCGCGGCCUUUCGCUUUCUGGUGGCCAGCGGCAAAGGCUCGCCAUCGCGCGCGCUUUACUCAACGACUCGCCAGUCCUCCUGCUCGACGAAGCGACCUCGUCCCUAGACCGCGUCUCAGAGCUCAUGGUUCAGUCAGCCAUUGAUUAUGCCUCUCACGGCCGCACAACUAUUGCCGUUGCACAAAGGCUGAGCACGAUUCAACAUGCUGACUGGAUAUAUGUGAUUGAGCACGGCCGAGUCGUUGAGCAGGGAACUCAUCGCGACUUGAUGCGUGCCGAUAUGAUGUAUGCGAAUUUGGUUCGGAUGCAGCACUCAUAG